AUGCGGCUCAAGACGCUCAAUGGGGCGCCGUUGCGCGAACAGCUAGAGUUCAACGAUGACACACUUUUAGCAGUUAAGGAUUGCCAUCUUUUUGAUGCAGCAACAGGUAUUUCUACACCCGCGAAUAGAUCUACGCCAUCCUUGAAGUGGCGCGGGCUGCCUUUCCAGAACCCUCGGCUUCAAACUGGAUGGUCGCAACCUUUUCUUCCAGGGAGCGUUCUAGGUCGAGACAUGUCAGAUGUUUCGCUACCCGAUGUGAUUCGGUAUACAUCGUUCUUGCAGGAAGACACGACCCACCUUGACACGUCUAUCGCCUUCAAAGACCCGUCAAUCGCCACGCCUGGCUAUCUUGAGCAUUCGCUCAUCUUCCACGACACGCUACUGUCGUCUCAGGUCCUACCAGAUGGUAUGACGGAUAAGAGCGUCAGCUCCUCGUCCUUCUUGACUACUUCUUUCGGGACUACUGCAUCGGAGUUUAGUAGCCCAAGCAAAGUCGAUGAGCAUACACUACUUGUCAAAGUCCCGCCCAAGAUGACUGUCACACCGCUUGGAUUACUACCUAACGCACAGCGUUUACGAGCGAUCUACCCUCAAACUCCAACACCAAACUUCCUAUGCGUUGUGACAGCGACACCCGAACAGAAAGAAGUCUUCGUUCGGAAGGGCGGAUACAAGAUGAAUUUAUGGGAGAUCAUCGUUGCGGAUGAUACCCGUUCAGCCUUCAAGGUCACUUUCUGGCUGCGUCCACCCCGGGAGUCCAACAACGACCAGAAUAAUGUUCAAAACAAACUACUGCAAACACUAGAGAGCAUCAAAGUUGGCGACAUUCUGCUCCUAAAGAACAUUGCCUUGACGUCGUUCGGUGACACCGUCUUUGGCCAAUCUCUGAAUCCAGCCAUCACGCGUGCACGAACAAGUAUCGAUGUCUUGACGAGAAGCAAUGGUAUCUCAGCUGCUGAGUUGGGUGGGCUCCCGGUGCCAGUAGUCGAAGUUUUCAAGAGAGUCAAAAAGUGGGCAAGACUGCACAUCGCAUCUGAUGGUGCAGCUUCAAGAAAGAGAAAAGGAAGCAAGACGAAACAAGACAAGGACACGAAACGCACUUUCACAGCGCGUGAUGUCGAUGACUCCAUGCCUCCCGACACUAUGGAAAGUGUAUGA